ACCCUUUAAACCCUAAUUUAUACAAAGCAAGCAAUCUUCGCUUCAAAGUUUGAAGUUUAAACACCAAGAAGAAAGGAAGAGCCCUAACUUCUCCCCACAGGCUUUCCCGAGCAAGAGCAUGAGAAAUCAAUCGCGAUUGCUCCUCCGUAGUUUCUCUCGUUCCCUAGUCCGUAGCUCGACGAUCGAGACUCAGUGUUCCCAGGUUAGGAARCUCAAUCCUCAAAUAGCUCGUUAUUUCUCUGGAUAUUCUCAUCAAAAUGUUUCUCCACUUGCCUUUUAUUUGGAAUCAAGAAACAUUACAAGUCGUAGGCUUUCGUCUCAACCGGCUUUGGAGCAGAAGGAUUCUGACCACAUUCUGGUCGCCCAGAUAUUUUCCAAGGACUGCAGUUCUGAUAAGAUCAAGGAUGAACUAGAGUCAAAUAAUAUAUCCAUAAACCACGAUCUGGUCUUGUCGGUCUUGCAGAAUCUCGAUGGGAGCCCGGAGAUUGCUCGAAGGUUUUUUGAUUGGGUUUCAGAGACUGAAAAUGAGAAGCUCAGUUCGAAGAUUUAUAAUUUGAUGUUGCGGAUAUUGGGUAAGAAAGAUUGCGUCAAAGAAUUUUGGGCUUUGGUUGAGAUUAUGAAGAAGAAAGGGUAUGGUAUUUCUAAGAGCACGUAUACUGAGGUUUCGCAGAAUUUUGAGAAGGAAGAAAUGACAGGAGAUCUAGAUAAGUUGAAGGAGGUGUUCACAUCUAAGUCUGCGCCAGUGGAGAAGGUGUGUUCUCGGGUUUGCAACAUUAUUAUUAGAGAAGAAGCGUGGAAUGAAGAUGUUGAAAAGAGAUUGCGAGAUUUGGAUGUUAGUUUUUCUAGUGAUUUAGUUGCUAUGGUACUGAAAAAUCUUAGCCCGUAUCCGAUGAAAGCAUUGAUGUUCUUUUGGUGGCUAGAAGAAGGUCCAUAUUUUAAACACAACCAACAGACUUACAAUGCUAUGAUUAAGGUUUUGGGACGGGAAGAUUGCAUUGAUAGAUUCUGGGCUGUCCUCGAUAAAAUGAGGGACUCUGGAUAUGAACUGGAGAUGGAGACGUAUUUUAAGGUUUUGGGGCGCUUUUAUAAGAGAAAGCUGAUUAAGGAAGCUGUUGAUUUGUAUGAAGUGGCAAUGGCUGGCGCAUAUAAGCCUCCAGUUCAUGACUGUACUUUUCUUCUUCAUAAAAUCUUGGUGAGUAAAGAUCUAGAUAUGGAUCUGUUUUCUAGAGUUCUCAAGAUUUUUACAGAGGGUGGGAAUGUUUUGACUAAGUCUAUCUUUGAUGGAGUUGUCAAGUCUUUGACCAGUGUUGAUAGAUUGGGUGAAUGCAAGAAAAUCUUGAAAAUCAUGGAGAAUAGUGGAUUUGUAGUUAGUGAUGCUGUGCAAAGUAAAAUCAUCUACAGGCUUAGUAGUUCUCGGAGAUUGGAUGAGGCUUAUGAAAUCAUGGAUGAGUUUGAAGCAUCCGGAAAAAAUCCAACUUUUGAAGCGUGGUCAUCUUUAAUCCAUGGGUACUGUGCAGUUGGUGAUGUAGACAAGGCAUCUUCUUGUUUCCAAAAGAUGGUGGAAAAGAAGGGUAUUGCAGGUCCUGGUUAUGUUUUUGAAGUAUUAGUUAAAGGGUUAUGUGACAACAGCAGAGCAGAGGAUGCAUCCAAGUUGCUAUCUGAGAUGGUUAGUGGAAAGCAGCUACGGCCUUUGCAUACUACAUACAAAAUCUUAAUUAAAAAUUUAUUGGAACGAGGGAGUCUUAAAGAAGCUUCGAGUCUUCUGGGGUUGAUGAAGAAUGAUGGCUUUCCGCCAUUCUUGGACCCUUAUAUCAGCUAUAUCUCCAAAUCAGGGACAGGGGAUGAUGCCAUUACAUUUUUAAAAGCAAUGACAACGAAGAGGUUCCCAUCUACAUCUGUGUUUAUCCAUGUUUUUGAAGCAUUUUUCAGGGCUGGAAGGCAUAAUGAGGCACACAAUUUUCUUGCUAAGUGCCCAGGCUACAUCCGAAGCCAUGCUGAUGUUCUUGAUCUGUUUUACUCUAUGAAGAAUGGAGAGGUUGCUGCUUCUACUGCUUUAGUUGUGUAGGCUUCACUCAUCUCUUGUAGUAUUUUGUGAUAUUCAAAUAGGAUGAGUCUUUGGGUUUUGGUAUGCAAUUCAGCCUCACUCCUUUAAAUUUUUUAAUCUGGAGCAUGGUUAAAAUUUUUUAUUGCAAAUAAAAUUCAUGCUUUCAAGACUUUCUCCAGUCUCCACCGGUUCAAUGGUCCACGUCUCAAAUAAGUGGGCAGGUCUGUUCUUCCAUUUAAUAGUAUCUUCUAUUCAUUUCUUUUGUGUUCUUCAGGUGUUUAAAAAGACUCUGGAAUGGAAUAUGGAAUCUUUUUCAAUAGCAUUAGUAUUUGUUUAGUUGGUCUUUGUUCUGUGAUCUUAUUAACUGAGGUUUCUGAUAUAUAAAAGUACGAGUUUAGGUCA